AUGUUUGGCGGACUGGUAAACUGUGUAGGUCUCGUGCACGCCGUACUUCUCGAGAGGUAUCACGAGGUAGCGGCUCUGACGUCAUGGGCAGGUGCGCUUCAUUCCGCAUUGUUCAUGCUUGGAGCACCAUUGUCGAGUGUCGUUAUUGACCGCUUUGACUGCCGAACAGCAAUGGUGACUUCCGGUUUUCUGCUUACUGCUGGGAACUUGGCCACGGCAUUCGCAGACAACAUCUACGUCGCCAUAGUUACCUAUGGCAUUAUUUGUGGCCUUGGACUAACACUUGCUAUGUCAGCGUCAUAUGUGACCAUUGCUUUCCACUUCAAAGAGAAGAGCACUAAUCUUGCUCAAGGAGUAAUUCUUGUCGGUGUCGGAUUCGGAACUCUUGCCUGCUCCUUUCUAUUACAAGUGUCACGUGAUCACUACGGCAUCGCGGGAAUGUUCAUUAUUAUGGCGGGGAUUUCUGCGAACAUUGUUACAUGUGCAUACAUUCAACAUAGCGGCUUUACAGCAAUGCAGUCUACAUUUAUAGUGUCUUUGACAGGAAUAGUCAGUAUACCGAGUAGAUUACUGACAGGGGUGUUAGCAAAUUUUUCGGCCGUCAAUGAAGUAUACAUAUACAGUGUGACAAUAUGCCUUCUGGGUAUUGCCACAUGUCUUUAUCCGCUUAUGGCCAACGUCUACAGCGGGCAUGUGGUGUAUGGAACUCUGGUUGGAAUGUUAUACGGGUGCUGUCACGUGGUUGUGGUUGCUAUCAAUAGAAGAUUUGUCAGUACCCACUUUAUCUCGGCAGCUUUGGGCGUUGUACACUUCGGCAAUGGAUUAGGCUCUGUUUUAGGUCCAAUUGUAGGAGGAAUUGUUCUCGACAGCGGGUUGACUUAUACCCACAGUAUGUUUAUUGCAGAAAGAGCUUUAUUCACUUUCGACUCUCCGUUUUUCGAGUCAUCCGUGUUCAUAGCCGCUGACGUACUAGCUAUCCAAUCAGAUAUCCAUACGUGUUUUUCAUUUGACAAGACCAUAUCCGUGGUUGCCCUUAACAACCGCUGA